GACAAUUUGUCAUUUUGUGAGGUAGAAAGAAAGCAGCCUACACGAAUUCUGUUCUAGAAAACUCAAGUUUUUCUUCUCAUUAUAAUCUUUUCAAAAAAGAAAAUAUUGUUAAUUUACUAACAAAGCUGUGAAUUAAAUAUUAACAUAUAGUUAUAUACGAAAGAUAACACAGGAAAAGCAGCAUAGGAAAAACGCUUCGGGAGCGAGUUUUCUCUGAAUCCAUCCUCCGCCAUUUUGUUGAACAAUGACCGGCUGAACACGAUUUACGCUGUAUGAUGCAAUAAGGAUACCUACUCAGGAUUUCGUUUUUGUGAACAAUAAUUUUUGAUUACAAACGUGUUUGAAAAUGGUUACUGACACGUGUACAAUGUUCCUAAGAGCCUAACACCGCUCAUUCAUGGAAAAAUAUCAUCUACCGGAAGAAGAAAAGGUAAGUUCCAAAAUAAGAUUAGAGUAGCUUGUGUGGAGACAUGCACCACAAGUUCGCCACGGGUCAGCAAGAUGUAGGGAUGCAAAACUUUCAUCCGGCCAACUGCACCAUCAAUGGUAUCUGCUAAUUCAAAUGUUGACCUCCAAUUGCUAUAAAAUUGACAAACAGCGCCCUCAUCUUCUGUAAACGUCUGUGGUGGUGGAUUUCAAAAGUUUAUUGUAUUUUUUAAGUUAUUGUUGGCCAACCAUGCAUAGGUCUAAAUAACUUAUAUACAUUGUGAAUGUUUCAUUCUUCCCAGGCCGUGAACGCGACUCAAUUUUUGUAUGGAAUUCUUUGGUAAAAAUGAAGUUGGACUGCGCUUUUUUACUGACAGCAUCAAUCUCAAAUCCGUUUGUACCAUUAAAUUCUACAAAAUGACAGAUUCUCAGCGUGCGAUCAGUAUUCUAAAUGUCAAAAAAAUAAAAAUUUAAUUACCAAAUGCGAAAAAUUCCCAUACAAAAAGUGAGCCAUUUUUGCUCUUCAACUUCAAAACAAAGUAGACCGUGUACAGGGCCUGAUUCUUCCUAAAUUAUAUGCUUACUAAAUUAAGUGGCAGCAACUGCUAGUCAAAAACUUUGUAACUGAGCUAUAAAGUACCAGCACCAAGCAAUUUUCGCAGAUUUUACAAGUGCUUAAGGAGUUUUAAAAAUUUGAAGCUUUAACUAAAUGUCAUUACAAUAACUUUAGCCGUUCGGAGUCUAUAGAUGAACAUGUACAUUAGAAUCCUUCUACGUUGUUCAAUCUCAAAUCACAAAACAUCUUUAGACAUUGUUAAAGACUAAUUUAUGAGAACUUGCGCGAUAUGAAUAACUUUUGUUAAAAAACUUUCUUUAAAAUUAGCCCGCUACUACUACUGUAAUCCACCGUAUCCAAUUAUCCCAAUUAUUGAGAGAAAUUCUAAGAUAGAGAAAAAUAUAUUUUAAUUUUUGCUAUUAACAUUUAAUACUUUAAAACUAAGAAAAAGAUUUAGAAGUAUUUUUUAAACUAAUUUUAUUUUAACAUAGAAUUUGUUUUGGUACGCGUACAAAUUUUAGAAAUGACGUAUGUUCAGUUGGGAUGGUUGAGAUGAAGAAGAAAAGUGACAAUUUUAUUGUUCCGCUGGACCCAAUGUCGGAAUUUUACUUUCCCAAAAAUGUUAUAUUCUUUGUAUAAUUUAUUAAUUAAUUCCAAUGUAAUAAGAGUGUCAGUAUCUGCAUAAUUGCAAAAAAACCUUUUUCUGUGUGUGUUUUGUGGACUAAUUUUUUUCCUCUUACUUUUUUAUUUAAUCCGUGUGAAUGCAAAAAAUAUUAAUGUAUGCAAAGUGUGGAUGAAUGUGUCAAAGAUCCGACCAAAUAGUUUUGCUAUUCCUUGUUUUUAAGAGACUUAGAAAACAAAUCGUAUAAUUUAUCUGAAAAGUUAAUGCUGUCCUUCAAAGCAAAAGUCUCCUGCCUGAAACAUUAAUAUGCCGGUACGCAUUCUACGUAUCAUACAAAACAAAUGCCAUUGCGGUUUGAGGAGAAAAUUCUUCAUCCUGUUAAGUCACUACGUACCCUGAAUUUGAGAGAGUUGAACAACUACAACCAUGGAGGCCUUCAUCUUCAAACAGAAAAAGAAGAUGGAUGAAGUGAAGCAGAAGGAGAAAGUGAAGGAGCUUCAGGACAAGUACAUUCCGUUCUUAGAGCAACUUAUUAGGAAGCUCAAAAAUGCCAAUGCUGAAAAGUCCAGGGAAGCUCAACUUAAGAAGAUGCAGAGCCUUUAUACUUUGCUGAAGGAUAAGCCUAAAACCCUAACAACUGAUAUCCUGGAUAAAACUGAGCAGGUUCUAAAGAAUCUGUAUCAAAAACUUGGACCGGCAAAUUCUCAACUGAGGGCAAUUGAGGGUAGAGAAAGAGAUGACCCGCAAAGUUCAAAGGCUCUAGCUUUGAGGCCCAAUAUGGAUGUCGAAUUGCGGAAUUCGAGUAGUUUGCAUUUGGAAACAGUGAAACAAAAAUUGCUUCAUGUUAACGAUGCAUCCAAAAGCAUGGAGUUGGACGGUCGAGGAAGGCAGGAAAUUGAGUCUGUUCUGAAGCAGAAAGCUAGUGCCAUCAUUGGGGAAAAGGUGCGUCCUGUGGAUCCACGAUUGGAGCGACAGCAUGUUACGUCUGAGAUAAGAUUUUCAGUCAACAGAAUUUCCACUGUUAUAUCAUCCCGGACCGAUAGAGCUUUCUUCAAUCCACUUCAAGAUCCACGUCCGCCUGAAGGAUAUCCCAUUCCAUUGUCGAGUUUUCAGACCGGUCACUCAGUUGAUCUCUAUUGCCGUCGUACGCAGGAUAAGACAUUUUACCAGCGACGCUAUCCACCUGAAAUGGAAACGAGCAAUACACUUGUCAACACAACUGCCUUACCUGCCCUUCCUGCACCUCCAGUGCAUCCAGAAAAUACAGCCAUUGGAGCUGAUACGAAUAUCCUCAGCAGUCCGCCAUUGUCAAGUGAUGAUAUUCAGUCUCUAAUGGCAGAGACUAAUCAUGGAGAAAAGCCUUUACCAGAGAAAUCAUUAGUAGCUGCUCAUCCGGUGGAUGAUCGAUUGGCACUGAAAUACGCCCCACACCCCAAGAAAUCAUAUGAUAAGUCAUCAUCGCAUUUACCAAUUGAUGCAUCAGGGAAUAUCACUGUUAGUCUGGAUGAUCCGCGACUUAAGAAACCAAUUCCCCCACGAUCUGAUCCACGGAUUGAUCCGCGUACUAAUCCACGGACUGAUCCGCGAACAGAUCCGCGAAUUGAUCCGCGAACUGGUCCACGGACUGAUCCACGAAUGGAUCCUCGUCUCAGACGUCCAGAUGCAUCGCAUACGCAGGUGUCACGAUAUGAUAGCUCCAGGGCAAUCGAAUGUUCCAAUCGCAGAGCCAUUGAGGGCCCGAACCAUUUGUCAUCUGAAGGACCCAGUCGCAGCAUACCGAUUGAAGCACCAAAUCGUUAUUCGAUUGAUGCUCCAAAUCGCAAAACAUUUGAAGGCCCAAAUCGCAAGGCUGUGGAAGGUCCAAAUCGCAAAGCAGCAGAAGCUCGUAAAGCUGUCGAUUUAAAGCCAAUUACAUACGAGACAAAUAAUCCGGCACCACCUAAAAAGGUCUUCAAUCCUAUGGAGCGACGAUCUGAAUUGGAUGAUGAUUACUUGGAUGUCGCGGAUUCUACCGAAUCGACAUCUAAUAGAUUUGAAAAGCUCAAGUCUAUUGAGAGUGUUCCACGGGAGAAGGGUUCAGGUGAUUCUUCAGCACCUCAAAUGAAGUCUCAGUUCGACAAGAUGUAUCGUAAGAAUGAUUUUGCUCAGGACUACGAUAAACAUGUGAAAAACAUCAAUCAGGGAAUAAAGGACUUUAAGAUACCCAAGAAGGCGCUUCCGAAGGCAGACAAGGCCGAUGAGGAUUGGGACAAAUCAGGGGAGAAAACUAAAGAUGAACAAAAUUCCAUAACCAAAGAGAAGAAGCUGGAUAAGACAGUUGAGAAGAAGAAGAAAAAGAAGGAGAAACACGUGGAUUCAGAUAAAAAGUCAAAUGAUGAAAAUUCAAAGAAGAAUAUUUCAUCUGACUCAUCAGAUUCUGAGAAAGCUGAAAAAAGUGAAACAGCUAAGAAGACCACACGAAGGCGCAUAAAGAUAAUUGAUACUGAUUCAGAAUCUGACAAUUCUGACAUUGAUUCAGCGACGCUUCUGUCUAGAAAGGAUGCAACAACGAAGAAAAAGAAACCCGAGAAGAACAUUGAGAAGGUUAAGAAGGUAUCAGAAGAAGAAAAACCUCCGGCAAAGAAGAAGUCCCUGAAGAAGAAAGUUAGGGCAGUGUCGGAAGAGAAGAGUGAAGGAGAGAUGUCUAAUGGCACAAAUCAAUCGAAAGCCUCAACUCCUGAACCUGUCUCGAGUACUGGUCAACUGGAUAGCGAAUCUUCAGGGAAGUUUGAAGGAAACGACGUAACAAACACGAGCAAUGAAGCUGAAACAUCAAAGGAUACCAUUACAAAAGAAUGGCUUGAGGGCAUUUUGGCAAAUAUGCUCAAUCCAAAUAAUGUGACAAAGGACAAAUUGAUGGAUAUCAUGAAGAAUGUCUUGGAUGAGAAGAAGUUUGCACAGGUGAAGUCCAUCAUGGAUAGUGAUGAUGAGAAAGCAGAAGAGAAAGAUGAACCUUCGAAAGAGGAUAAAAAUGAGACUGUGUCUGAGAAAGCAGAUCCAGUUGUUGAAACCGAAGUAUCAGAUAGCACUGCACCCAAGCCAAAGCCACGGAAGAAGCCCACAAAGAAGAAAACCAGCGAAUUGGACAAGUUGAAUGAGGACAUACGCACUAUGUUUAUAUCAGAGGGAGUGCUAACUGCAACGGGUCGACGAAUGUGUACGGAGUUACGGAAGAAAACAGUUUGCUAUACCGAAACAAGUCCACCAGCGAGUCCCAAAGGAAAUGAUAAUGAGGCACAAGCAGAAGCUGAUCCACCACAACCCGUACCAGGUCCAUCUAAGAAGGGACGAAAGAGAAAAGCGACUGAUACGGCUCAGGAACCUAAUCAGAAGGAAGAUGCAUCAGUGAGUGAUCUUGCGAAGAAAUUGAAUAUCAAUCGUAUGCUCAAGGUGGAAUUGCAAAAGCUGAAAGACAGUGAAAUCCCACAAAAUGCUCCCGUGAAGAAGGGUAAGAAGAAAGCUAAGAAGACAGACAAUGAAGCAUCAGUGAGUGAUUCCCCAACACCACCCAAGAAGAAGAUACGCCGCCGCAAUAGUAUUUGGUUUAGGAAUCCCCCGAAGAAGAAGGGAAAGAAUGUACGAACAGCUUCAAGUGGGAAUGAAACAGAUUCCGUGUUUGAGACUACUGAACCUCCUCCUCCACCUAAGAAACGCCCUGGUCCGAAAUCUAAGACACAAAUUCAGCAACCAGCUGAGAUCAAGUCAAAACCAGCUCCAAUGGAUAUUGAUGUUAGUGCCAUCAAGAAGGAGCCGUCAAAGCAAUCUUUCGCGAUCAAAAACACCGAUCCAUCAAUAACUGCCCUCAAUCACAAAUCAUGCAAGAUCUGCACGUAUUCUGGCAAGCAGAUCGUAACGCACUACGUUAAGGAUCAUCCAUUGAAUGAGGUCUUUUGCUCUCGCCUCCCGAGAAAUAUCUCAGACUUUCUCAGGAAGAAUGAAAAGGGAAUGCUCUAUGCUGAGAGCUACAAUAUGAAACUCAAUUACGCAGGGUCAAAGAUAUUUGGCCAUUGCAUCUUCUGCAGGGAAGAGAUGUACGAACAACCAAAUCGAUGGAUUACGCACUUCACGAAGCACACGGGAGAAUUUGAGUACAUUUGCAGUUGUAACUUCAAAACGUGGUCCCAAAAAGUAAUGCGGGCACAUGUAAAGAAAUGCGAAGAGAGAGGCUCAUACGUCUUCAAUGAAAUUGUACUCAAUAAUGAGCAGUUCAUCAAGGCAUUCAUGUGCGGUGAUUGCAAUUACUUGCAACUACUAGAAGAGAAUGUACGCAAUCACAUAAUUACGGAGCACACAACUUGCCCAAAAGUUCACAAGGUGAUACUCCUUAAUUUCUGCGAUGAGACUGUGAAGAAAAAUCAUCAGACUUUCCUCGAAAUGUAUAAGCACAAUAUGACGUCAGGUGAUGAAACUCAGGAAGGUGGUGUCUUCAAGUCCACCGAUGAGAAGGAAAAUGAGCCAACGACGAGCAAAUCAAUCUUCGACGAUAUAUCCAAAUCGAUUCCCAAUGAAUCGGGCAGUGGUAUUGCUAAUAAAUUGCACGAGAGAUUCGGAGAGAUGGGCAAGGAGAGUGUUGUGAUUAAAACGGAAGAUACGGCAAGUGAGGAACUACUGCUGUCAGACAUGACCCAAACAGAGGAUACAACAUCAAUACCCGACAUGGGGGAUGCGCCAAUGCCAAAUGCCGAAAAUCCCAUUGAGUAUGACGACGAUGAAUGGGAAGAUAUUGAGAGUGACAGCGAUGAAUCAGUGAUGAGUCAAUCAGGAAGACCGGGUCAGAGUAAGAAGCUAGCAAGACUAGCUCAGAAGAUUGGAGCAAAGGGUAAUGUGAAACGUAAAUCUGAGGCUAUGGUUGAGGAUAAAUCACCGAAGAAGACCAAAACAGAUCUGCCCUCUACGGCAGUUUCAAAUGAAGAUCAAUCACAUCCCACGGUGAUAUGCAAGACAGAGUCCACUGCAACGGAAUUCUACAAGGUGGAGAACUUCCAGUAUCAAAUUGUGAAUGAUGAGACACAGUACCACUGCUUGAUGCCGAAGUGUAUGUUCAUCUCGUCUGCAGUGGAAUUGUUCAUUGAUCAUCUGAUUAAAGUCCACGAUGAUGACACAUGGUCGGGAUAUUGUGAUUUGUGUAAGGAGGACAAAUUUCCUGUUUCACGAUCAAUGAUAACUGAAUUUCAUCAUCUGGUCAAUGAUCAUCCGUGGAAGAAACCAACUGAUCCACCACUGCCACCUGCACAGCCGCAACUUCCAACACCUACAGUUCCAGCUCCGAUGGUGACAGAGAUUAAGGAAGAGGUGAAACCAACAAUUCGACUGCGACGCUUGUCUGGAGACAAACUAUCAGUACAGUCGGAUGAUUCAUUUAAAAUUCCAACAACCCCCACAACCCUAAGAUCAGUGACUAUUCGUAGAGUCAGCCAAUCACCUGAUUUAUCCCGAUCACCAUCACCAAUAUCUGGAUCACCUCCAACAAAUCUAUCAAAUUUGUCAUCAUUUUCUUCACCAAACUUCAAUGCACAGUCACCGCUGUCGAGAUCCAUCCUUAUUAAGAGAACAAACUCGAUUGAUACGCCCAAUACGUCGUCUACGUCUACUGCCCAAAUACACACUGUGCCAGCUUCUUUGUCGUCAUUUUCCAUGACAUCUCCCAUAAGAUCACCAACAUUUUCCAUAUCAACUGCAAAACCAACAAGCAGUAUUGUCACUGUAACAUCAAAUGCGAAUGCAGUCUCAGUCCCAGCCAAGAUCUCCCUUCGUAGAUCAACAAUUUCCACGGAUAUCCUUCCGGGAGUUAUAUCGAGGGUCGAUAUGAUGAACGAACUGAAGCCUUGGAUCAAGCAACCAUGCUGCAAAGUACCCCAUGCGAUAAUGAGGAUGCUUCAACGGGAGGUCCUCUAUGCUCCCUUUAAGUGCAUGGGAACGGAAUGUUGGUUCUUUACAACGAAUGAAGUGGAAAUGGCUGAGCACUUGAGGUGUCAUGAUCAAAUCAGUGAGGAACAAUCGGAGAGGGCAACCAUCACAGAUACCAGCUCAUGGCUAGAAUGUGCUUACUGUGACUACAUGGCUGGCAGUAGGAAUGACUUGAUGAUGCAUUUGAAGAAGGAACAUCUGUAUUGUGAAUAUAUAUGCCCAAAGUGCUUCUUCAGGGCAUGCAAUGCCAACUAUGUGGCAAGGCAUCUACAGGUGUACCAUAAGACCAACAUAAGUGUCUUACACAUCAAGUCUGACUACGUUAACAACACAAUAUCGAAUCCUGUUACGUGCGUCAAGGAGAAUGUUCAGCUUCUACUUUGCAAAACAUGCAAUCUCAAGUUCCUUAAUUAUGUGCAUUUCGAACAGCACAUUAAUAAUCAUGCCAGUCAUUCAUUUGAUUGUGGAUUCUGUUCAUCCCUAAUACCGAAUGAUUAUAUGAAGAAGCACAUGUUUUGCCAUCUGAUUGGUAAUUUUGAGUGUAUCUACUGUGAAUUUGCAACCAACAACAGAAAUUCACUGGCGCAACACAUGUGCGACAAGCAUCCAAAUCGUCCACUACUCUACUACAACCGAGAGGAACCUCAGGAACAAGUUGACAAAUUCAAGCUUUCAACAUUUGAUGAUUUCUGCCAAUUCCGUGUAACUACGGAGUUCAUUGCAAGGGAGUCCUUACCAAAAACUUCCAACAAGGCUCCUGUUUGCAUACCUGUUGUAAAACACACUUCGUCAGUUGCACCAACACUGCCUACUCCAAGCACAUCAUCCACUGUGGCAGCUAAUCAGGAAUCUAUGCCUCUUGUGAUUUUAAACGUUGUGAGUCUCAAUGAGAAAUCGCAGCCAAAGACACCACCAACAUCAUCUCUGGCUAUUAAGGAUGUCUGCACACUGUCAAGGGAUAAUCCGGGUACACCUUUGACCAUAACAUCAGUUUCAGGAUCAAGUUCAUUGGACCAACAUUCCGUGAAGGCUCCCGAAACCACCCCAUCAACCCCAUCUCUUGUUCUGGAAGCCGUUACGGUGUCCAAGGAGGAAUUUGAGAAGCAAUCAUUUGACUUUUCAACAUCACUGUCCCGAGCAAUUGCUGAUUGGGUCUCAAAAACGGGUGUUCCACAGACGGAAUUGCUAAAAUGCUCCGAGAUGGAAUGUGAUUUCCAGGGAAAAUUCAAAGGGGACUUUUUGGAGCACAUUGAUAGAUCCCACCCGAAUGCUCUACUCAAAUGCCCUCAAUGCGUCAAUGUCUUCUGGCAUGCUUCGAGUUCUCUGUGGAGUCAUCUUGAGACGCACGGACAGAAACGCUAUUUCUGCCUCAUGUGUGACUACACGGGAAAGACUGAGUCGCAAAUGGUGGAGCAUUGCACAAAGACUGUUCACAAAUGGAUUGGGCACAGUGUGGUACCGAUUACAAAUGCUGUCCCCGGUGGAGCUUACGUGGUCUGUCCCAGGAAUACCAGUGCGCAGAAGAUUGAGCAAUUUAAGGCGGAUUUUGUGAGGAAUAUUCAGAAGCUUUCACCGGAGAGUCGUAACACAGACACUGUCAUGGAUAGACCGGAAAAGGAUGCAUAUGGACCAGAAGAUAUUGACAAACUCCCAACAAAGCCCGUUGUAAAGAAUGUCUACUGCAAAUUGUGUGACUACAAGACGAUGAUUGUGAAGAAUUUGGUACGACAUUUUGAUGCUCAUCGACAGGCUGUCUAUGUACCAAAUCUCGAUCCCGUGAAUCCUGUUCCGUGUCUCAACAGCAAUGAGAAGAAUUUCGAUAAAAUGACUAAUCUUGCGUGCAGCUCCAACAUGGAUAACCGGAGUAAGUCUUCUGUCAGUGAACCCAUCUACGUGGUGCAGCAAAAGAGAUUUGUCUGUGGCGUUGGGUAUUGUUCGUAUAUUACAAUUGAUGAGACGAUGCUAAAGUAUCACCUGAGUACGCUUCAUUCAAUUGAAACUUCUUACAAAUGCCCCCAUUGCCACAUUGAACUCCUCAAGGGCACAUUUGCCGUGGACACGAUUAUUGUUCACUACCGCCUUCAUGGGGAGAAGCUCUUUAUGUGCGAUAAAUGCCAAUAUAUCAAUGAGACAACGCAAAAUGUGGAGAAGCACAUUAAGACGGUGCAUUCCGGGACAGGACACAUCUACGUGCUACGCGAUGAAACGAGGAGUGAAGCUUCAAGUGCAGCAGCUACGGAUCCCCCUCCGGUUGUGCGUGCAGCUUCAACGCCAGAGGAACCACUACCGAAGAAAUGGAUUUGCAAUGAAUGCAAUCAUACGACUUACUUAAAGUCCGACAUGGCAGCACAUGUCCUAACGAAGCACGGGACAAAGUAUCAGUAUCAGUGUGGCUACUGCAACGUCGUACACCUCACACGAUCCUACAUUAUUGAGCACAUUAAGGCACGACAUGGCGAUAAGGUGAUCAUCAGGGAAGCAUAUGCUGCGAUAAAGCCCGGAACACGUUUGGCAGAGUCGUCCGUUGAUUCCGUGAGCUUCUGGAGGCGUGAUAAGAGUGGUGGUGCCAAAUCAAUUAGAGGUAUUCCGUGUGAAUCAUCGGAAAUCCUCCCAAGGAGUACGGAAGAGGAAGAAGAGGAGGAAGAGUAUGCAAGUGAAGAUGAUUACCCAGAGCAAAUGGCGACAAGUGUAAUUGUUGCACCGGGAAAUGAAGAAGCAAAGAAAACAGCAGAAGUGGAGGAUUUUAUGCCGCCAGUAAAGCAACGUAUUGAAAGGAUCAUUCAAUGCAAUUUGUGUGAGAAGACAACAAAGUCAGCACUCACGAUGCAAGUUGUGCAUUUCCCAGAAUGCCAUCCGGGGGUACCUGUAUCAACGAGGGUUAUUGCAAAGGUCAUCAAUGAUGUGGAGAGUGGUAACAAUGUGGGACGGACUGAAGGGGAAGUUCAGAAGCUUCCCAAAGGCUACAAAAUUGUGUGCUACCACUGUCCUUCGCAAUCCUUUGAAACACUCAAAGACUACAAGAAGCACUACGUUGAUGAGCACACAGAAGAACCCUCCGCUGAUUGUCCCCCGUGCUUGUAUCACUUUGUCAAGACAAUGUACUGCGGGCUGUGUCAGCAGGUGUGCAGUACGUACAACGAGGUGGGCGUACAUCUGCAGACUGUCCACAAGACUGAAAGCGUUAUUGCGAAGAGUAGCAAGGAUGGAAUGGUGUGCGGGGCAUGUGACUACGAUGCAGGAGAUGAUCAGAAUUUGCUAAGGCACGCAAAGCUUCGACAUACAAAUCAGAAGUUCACAUCAAACAUCUCACAGGCAGUGCUCGAUGACAUGCUGAAGAUUCAGGUGUAUCCCAUGAAGAGGUGCACAGCUUGCAGGGAGAUUGUGUGUGACAUCGAUGGGCGACAGAGUGAGGAGCACCUGAGGACGAAGCACAGUGCAUCGGGAAUGGCGACAUUCGUAUCAAUCAGGAAUCCAACCUUCAUCUGCGGGAGAUGUCAUCAGAUAUUUGAUUCGGAAACAAAUGCCUUCACGCACAUUCUCACCCACACAAAAUCCUUCAAAUGCUCCGCAUGUGCCCGCAGUUGCUUUGCCAAGUACGAAGAGGCGCAUGAGCACAUGAAACUCAUCCAUGCAGGGGAUAUCAGUGUCAUCCAAUUUUCCUGGCCAAUUGAUGCAAUUCUCGAAUCUCUCAUGGUCUUCCCCAAUGGUCUGGUGUUGUCUCUCGAAGAGCUGCAGUUGACAAAGUAUAAAUUUGAUCAGGGCAAGUUUAAGAUGAUGCGAAAUGAAGUUGUGCGCAAACAAAAGGUCACACCGAGUGAGCUUCUUUUGUAGAGUUGGCGGAUUCUGUGGAAGAAUCUCAAUGAUGUGACAGUGAGCAGAGCGGAAGGGAAAUACCACAGAAUCAGUGAUAACGAGUGGUUGAGAAGAUGAGGAGGAAAUCAUUUUAGAUUUAUUAAAACUUAUGUAGAUAGAUAUUGAGAAGUAUAACAUUUGAAUUAAAGAAUCGUUUUACCAUUAAAA